CAAAAAAGAUUAUAAAAGAUUUAUACUGUCAAUAUUUCGUAUUUACAUAAUACUGCAGUAUUGUGUGCAGUGUGCUAAAGAUUGCUUGAGUCAUUAUCGUCGAUAUGUCUCCUGAAGAUAUAGUCUACUUGUUGCUGCUCAUUGCAGCUAUACCCUAUGGUCAUCUUGUCAAAAGUUCUGGCUCGCCAGCGAGGAAGCAAUUCCUUGCAUUAAUUGCGGGCUUGAUUAUGAUUGUAUCUACUGCUGGUUUCGGCGGAAUCCCACAUUCAUUUUGUACAAUUCUGGGGACUUUUUUGAUCCUGAAAACUGUCGGACCAAAGUAAGUUACUCAUUAAGCCACGAUCUGCUCUACUUUGUAUAUCUUUUAAUGUUGGGUGCAUGAGGGUAUGUCAGUGCAACUCAGUGGGUUAAUAUUUAACCUAACAUUACAUAUAUUUAACCUAACAUUACUCAGUAGACAGAUAGACCUAUGUCACAGACAGCUUGCAAAUAACGCAAGUAGAUUGUGAGUGCAACGGUUAAAACGGCAAUCUUUAUUACCUGAAGCGGAUUAUUCCAAGAAAUAAAAGUAUUUUUCAUUGUCAACCAGCAAAAUAGGGAGGUGUCUAUUACAUUUGAGUUAGUACAGGUUUGAGUGUACUUUGAACUUCCAUGUGACUCAAUGCACUUAUCUCCAAAACACAUGGGUAUUAGCCACAUGUGCUUGAUAAGAAAUUAUUUUUAUGAUAAUUAACUGUUUCAAAAGAACAAUUCACAUUUUUCUAUUUAGGUAUGGUCCAUGGUCUGCAUUUCUAUAUGUCUUUGGUUAUCUAUUCUUCUUCCGAACAUGUCACUGGUAUGGAUUGCCAAAACCUCCAGCUUACUCUAAUGCAGUACAGCUAUUAGUAACCUUGAGGGUAAGUAUUGACACAGACAUGCGUUAUUAGUACAUACCAGAUGUAUAUUUAUUGUUGUUUUAUUUCUAGAUGUGUACUAUUGCAUUUGAAGGUUUUCAACUCAACUGUCACAACAGACCUGCAACACUAGAAGAGGUCACAGCAACAUCAACACUUCAAGUAUCACUAUACGAUACUUUCAGUUAUGGCUACUGUUAUUGUGGUCUGAUGACGGGUCCUUAUUAUAGAUUCACAACAUACAUUGACAUGCUACAUCAGAAGAAACAAAUUCCAUCUUUUAAUGUUGCAUUACAAAGAGUUAAAUAUGUGCCUUUCUUAGCUGCUGCUUAUAUACCCCUAAAUAUGUACUUUCCUGUAAACCAUCUCACAAGUUCAGAGUAUAUAAACCAUGCGUGGGGUAGUAUAUAUCGUAUUGCAUAUCUAGCACCUUUAUUUUCAUGGUUUCGAUGGAGGUUUUAUAUUGGAUGGUUGUUGGCAGAAAGUAGUUGUAUUUCAUUAGCAUUAGGGGCAUAUCCUGAAGAAUGCAAGUCCCGACCUGGACAAGGACCAACUGUUGAACUCAGUGAAGAACAAGCAAAGAUGGAAAAUCAGAAAUACGAGUAUGAUAAUUAACCCAUUGAGCCACAAUGUGCCCUACUUAUAUAUUUUUUAGUUGUCUAACACCAGACAAUUUUACUUGUCAGUGGGGAAGCUCUGCAGCUUAAUGGGUUAAUUAACCCAUUAAGUGGCAGCGCACUCUCCUUGACAAGGAAAAUAAUCUGGCAUUUAGAGAUCGAGUAAAAUAAUCUGGCAUUAGAUUGGGUCAUUCCAGAAAACAUCCAUACCACCCCCACAGAGGAAAUAGGAAGUUAACCCCCCCUACCCCCUUCGGAUGUCCUAAUACAUUUACUAUUAUCAGAAAUAAUUUUUUCUCCCCUCCCCCUCCGGAUGGCAGAAAUUUCCUCCGUGGGGGGAGUAUGGAUCUUUUCUGGAAUGACCCAUUGAGUAAAAUAAUGUGUUUUACUUUUCAUUAUUUUAAUAAUUUGCAGUCUGCAUACAAACUGUACUGCAAGCCAGUCUUAUAACAUUGUUCUCUUUGAUUAGUUUUGAGACAAUCCGUAACAUCAAGAUAUGGGAGACAGAGUUUGCUCCAACUCUGCAUAAAACUACAAAGACAUGGAACAUGACUGUUCAAUGGUGGCUAGCACAAUAUUUCUACAGGAAAUUUCCAUUCAAACAACUUAGGUAUUAUGAAUAAAUGCCUAUGCUAAUACAGACAGUGCAUUUUGUCAUUUAAAGAGUUUGACUGUACUUUUUUAGAAUGUGGGCAACCUUUCUCUUCAGUGCAUUCUGGCAUGGAGUACGACCUGGCUAUUACCUUACAUUCAUGAGUGUACCUUUGGUCAUUGUUGCCCAAUCAUUGAUGAAGAAAUUAAUACAACCCUCAGAAGAGUGGGAGACUGUUUAUGAUUGGAUAAACUGGCUUAUACUUCAUCGCUGCUUUGAAUAUCUCAGUGUAGCAUUUAUCUUGCUAGAUAUUGAAGCAAUUAUAAAAACAUGGUCACAUAUGUAUUUUUAUAAUCAUAUUAUGACUAUUUUCUUUAUAAUUUUACCAUUAAUUUUAACACAAAAUAUGCCUGUUGAAUAUGCUGGGAAGGCAAAAUCAGAAAAUGGUAAAAAACAGUCUUGAACUAAUAGAAACAAGAUGUUGGACAGAUAAUAUUGUUUUAAAAUUUUCAACUUAAUGUAUUGAAAUAUUUAAUUCAGUUGUAAAUUAAAAUUGACUAUCUAUAUUUUACACAUUACCGUACUUAAUAACCAUCCAUUAUGUAACACUUUAACAGGUACCAAGGGGAACAGUAUGUUUUGUGGACCCUGCCACAGUUUUGUGUCCACAAAACAUACUGGUUCCCAAAAGUCCCAGUCAAUAAGUAUUUCAUUACAUACCAAGUGUCAAAGAAAAAAAAACAACAAAAGAAACAGGAAACUUUCAUAAUUUUCUCUUUAUAACUUGACAAUUCUAUUAUUGACGGUGAAUAAAAGUAAUUAAUUGUCCACCGCUCAGACCUGUUGCCAGAUUUUGUGACUUUCGUGUGACACUUGGUAUAUAAUAAGUUCAAUUAUGCAGGAGUACUGGGCACAUAAAUAACAAAGGAUCCCUGGAGUGUUUCAGACCCAUAUAGUUGAACCUUUCCUAAUGGACACCUCUCCAACAAUGGGCACUUCACUUUCAUGUCUGUAUCAUGAAGGAAUCGACCUGAUGUUUGCAGGUUGCAUUUUAGAAAAGGCAUUUCAAAGAAAACUGUCAAUAUUUCAGUAGCUUUACAGUUGGGAACUGCUGUGAUCAAGGUGCUGUAAAACUGGUUGUGAUAGGAGUAUACAUAAAGAUACAAAUUAUUCCCGAGAAGCUGACCAGCAGCCAAUUAAAACAUGUUCAUUACCAUCACUGUACAGUCAUUACAUUCUUGACCCUCGUUCUUGUAGAGCCU